GUGGUAGAUGGAAAAUCAAAGAUGGCGGAAACGUCAUUAGCAGUGGCACGACAUUAUGUCGUCUCCUGUUAUUUUUAGUUUUAAUACAUAUUUUUAUAUGUUUCAUUUAUCAAAAAAUCGACGUAUGUUGUAGAAUAAAGCAUUAGAUAUAAAGUGAUAGUGUUGUCAGCACAUGCAAUAUAAAAAUAAAAGAAAAAAAUGUCACGAACGCGUGUUAUUUUAAUGUCAUGCGGUAGUUAUGAUCCUCCAACUAACAUGCAUUUACGAAUGUUUGAAAUUGCAAGGGAUCAUCUUCAUAGAAUGGGUACACAUAUCGUGGUGGGUGGUGUUAUCUCUCCGGUACAUGAAUCAUAUUCAAGAAAAGAAUUAACAUCUUCAUCGCAUCGAUUAGCAAUGUUAAGAUUAGCCCUAGAAAAUAAUGACUGGAUACGCCUUAGUUCAUGGGAAUGUCGGCAGAAUUCUUGGUCAAAAACAAAAAUUAGUUUACAGCAUCAUCAAAAUUUAUUAAAUUCAAUUUUAUCCGAGGUAAACGAUGUUAAAAAUGGUGUUGAUAUCGAGGACUUGGACUGGAUACCGGAGAGUAUUAAUAAUGACUUGGAUUCCACUCCGAUUGAAAUUAAACUGCUUUGUGGAGCUGAUCUCUUGGAAACUUUCACAAUUCCUGGAGUUUGGGCAGACGAAGAUGUCGAAACAAUAGUUGGUCAACAUGGAUUGGUCGUAAUUACAAGAGAAGGUUCAAGUCCAAAUAAACUUAUUUACGAUUCGGAUAUACUUUCGAAAAAUAUGCAUAAUAUAAUCGUCGUGACUGAGUGGAUACCAAAUGAAAUUAGUUCCACUAGAAUCAGAAGAGCGUUAAGAAGGAAUGAAAGUGUAAAAUAUUUAUUACAAGAUUCCGUAAUUGAUUACAUUUAUCAGCAUGGAAUUUAUGGUGCCAAAAGGACGUCUUCAAUUAAGUUAAAUUUGUCUUCGAAUAUUGAAAUGAAUGUAUUGCACAGUGAAUCAGAAUUUUUAAGUGCUUUUUUAACACCAUCGCCCAUUGAUGUACUCAUGGAAAGUCCUGUCGAUAAUUUUCCAAUUAAUUUACCAUUAUUAAAGUCAAUCAAUGAAAAUCCAAAUGACUCCGAAAUACAAGUAAAUGAAAAAUUUAUGAGUAUAUUUUCCGAGAAUGGAAAUGAUUCUGUGCCAAAUUCAAAUAUUAUUUAUCCCGAUUUGUCUCAACAAGUCGUUGUCGUUGCCAAUGAAUCGGAAGAUUCACAAAUUAUUGAUGAGGGUACAGCAAAACCUGCAUGCCUACUGUAAGACAGAUAGUUGACUGUCUUGUCGCUGCUCGUCCUAUGCCCAUUCGAUGCGGCCCCUGCCUUUCUGCUAAACAUAUUAAUCAUGCUACUAACAAUUGUAGUAAUUGCGACGACAA